AUGAUUCAGCUGUUACCUACAAACAAUCUAUCAAAAGAACUAUUUACUGAUAUCAAUCCAAAUCAGGAUUAUGAUUUCUCAUCGAUUUUAUUUAUCCGACCUAAUGGGAAUAAACAUUAUUUACCUGUAACAUAUCCAAGUGCAAUUUUUAAAUGGUAUGAAAAUACAUUAUUACAUUUAGAAAAGAAUAAAUUUCUUCAAUGGACAUUGAUUACUAUGUCAGAUUAUGAAGCAUGUAUAGGCUUGAAAUUAAUUCAAUGGAAUAAUGAAGUGAUUAUAUUAUUGAAACAUAUAGCACCGAUUUUACAACAGAUAGAUUUAUCUAAUUUAAAAUUAAAUACAAUCCCAUUUGAUUUGUUGUGUCAAUUUUCUACACGUUUGUUUUCUUUAAAUCUUAGUCAUAAUCAUAUUGAAAUGAAUGUUUUUCAAGAAAUUAAAUCUGCAUUUCUAUGGUAUAAAAAAAAACAGAAACCUACUGAAAGCACAUUAAAACAAGACCUAUGUUGGAUUCAAACUCUCAAUGAAAUAUACUUAGAUCAUAAUAAACUGGAAGAUCAAUUUCCUUAUGAAUUAUCCAACUAUAUGAUUGGAUUGAAAAGAUUAUACAUUCAAAACAAUGGAAUAACAAGUUUGAAAGGUUUAAAUGGUUUAAAACAUUUGCAAAUAUUAAGAGCUGAUUUUAACAAAAUCAACAGUUUACAUGAUCAUUUCUUCUCACUGAGAAAAAUGGAAUAUUUAUAUCUUUCUCAUAAUUGUAUUACACAACCGAUAUCUGGUACACGCUUGAAGUAUUUAAAACAUCUCAAAGUUAUUGAUUUAUCAUAUAAUGGUUUGUCAUUUUUGCCUGCAGUUAUAUUCAAUCUGCCAUGUUUACAAACAUUAAAACUUGAUCAUAAUAACAUAUGCAAUUUGCCUACAAUAAGAUCCAAUUCUAGGAUUUCUAAAGAACCAAUACAAUUCAUUGAUCUUUCAUACAAUCAAAUUAAUGCAAUAUCUGACGGUUUACUGAAAAUAACUAAGCAAUUAGACUUAAGCAGGAAUAAAUUACGAAUAUUCCCUGCAGGUUUACUGAAAAUGAUUGCAAAUAUGAUGCAGUUGAAAAAGACAGAACCAUCAGAAAUUAUUCGACUAGAUUUAAUUGAUAAUCCAAUUAUAUGGCCACCGUAUAGUAUUGUUGAAUGUGGAAUCAAUGCUAUGAUACAAUACUUUCUAGAAUCAAGGACCGAAACACAGUCUUAUUAUGGCAUAAAAAUAACAUUGCUGGGUGAUACAAAUUGUGGGAAAUCUAGUCUAGCUAUGAGUAUAGUAGAUAGGCAAAUUCGUAUGACAGAGAGCUUGGAAGAAACAACAUACAGUGUGGAAUCGUAUACUACACAUUACGAUGCAGCUGAAUUUACAUCCAAAUUGUGUACAGAAUCAAAGGAAGACAAUGAUCAAACUAAAUUAACAACACAAACUACUCGACCAACUACCAUAACUAUGUGGGAUUGUUCUGGACACAUGGCUUACAUACCUGUAAUUUCAUUCUUUACUUCUUUAUCAACAGUUGCCAUGAUUGUAGUCGACAUUACCAAACUAAAACAAACUGUAUUAGUGGAAGAUAGUAUGAAUUUAAGAAACUCGUCAAAUUACUUUUAUCAAUCAGUAGGCAUUUGGUUAGAUAUUGUUUUAUAUCGUUUAAAUUAUCUAAAAGUAAUUUUACUUGUAACUAAAUGUGAUCUUAUAUCAUCUGAAAGUGAAUUAAAUCAAAGAAUAAAAUAUUUAUAUACUCAAACUUCGAACUAUUUAAAAUCAAGAAAAUUUUGGCUAAAAGAUCAAAUUACUCGUAUUGAAUCUUCAGUGCAAAUAUCACAAGCUACUUCACAAUAUUUUGAACAUUUAAAUGAUAUUUAUGAUAAUUUUUACGCUUUCAUAUAUCCAACUGUUAUACCAAUGUCUUUGAAGUAUGCAAAUUCAAAAAUGUCUGAUUUCGAUCGAUUAUGUUAUGUAUCUUUUGAUGUAGCUAUUAAAACACCAACUCAUAUACCAUUUUGUUUAGCACCAUUACCACAAAUAUGGUCUGAUAUUGAAAUUUAUCUAGACGAUAUAAAACAUGAUUAUAAUUUGAAUUCAAAUUUAAAAACAUCAGAAAAUGUGAAUUAUGAAGUGAACACAUGCAUUUUACCAAAAUCCUACUUUUGUCAUUUAUUACAAAGUAAAUUUAAUUUAAGUUCAAUCAAUUUAAAACAAUUGCUUACAUAUUUAAAUAAUACAGGUAAAAUUUUAAUUCCAGACGCUUAUCUAUCAAAAGAAGAAGAGAGAUAUUUCGAUGUAACAAUGAAAUCAUCUAUUCGACCUUAUCCAAAAUCAUAUGUUCUUAUUGAUCCUGAUUUAUUCAUCGAAUCGUUAAAAUACAUACUACACCCUGAUUUGCAUUUUAUAGUUGAUUAUAAGAAAAAUAAAAAUUCACUACAAGAUUUUCAUGUUCCAGAAACAUUUGAAAAAGAUUUACUACGACGAUUUUAUACCGCUACACGACAAGGUGCAAUAAAUCGAUUAAUGCAAAGUUGCAAUGAAUUAAAACGUGGCACAGGUAUUUUAAGUGCACAUUUAUGGAUUGCAUUGGUGGAAUAUAGUAACCUAUUUGUGGUAAAAAAUAACAUUGAAACUGGAAAAUCAUAUGUUGAAAUUUUAUGGAGAUGGUUAGAACUUGCCUAUCCGGUGCCUGAACCAGAUUUAUUCGUAAAUUUCGAAUUUGAUACUAAUGUUAACAUAUCAGAUGGACAGAAUUCACCAACUUGGAAAUUCAAGUAUUUUCCAUCUCCCAGAGAAAUAGCUUUAUCUUGUGGAAUUAUAUCUUACUCAGAAAACCUAUCACAAUCAAUUGAUAAUCAAUCGGAUACAGAGGAAAGCAUGAAUUCAGAUACGCGCCAUUCUCCAACAACUGAUCAAAUUCAAUCAUUACUGUGCCCGGAACGAUUACCCGCUUUGUGCUUCCCCUGCCUUAUCCCUACAUCGUUUUGCAGCCCAACAGAUGAGAUGAGCAAUGACCUAUGGACAGCAGCUUGUCAAACUGGACCAAGACCAAUUAUAUUUGUGUAUCGAUUUUCCUAUGGUUUACCUCAAGAAUUAUUUGAUAAAGCUACAGUACGGUUGAAUUGGCCUGAACUAUUCAAAUUUCGAUAUACAGCACACUGGAAGACAGGAGUACAAAUGUUUAACAGUUUAAAUGGGAUAAUACUCAGAUUUUUACUCAUAAAAUCAUCCAACGAUGAAAAAUUAAUUAAAUUUGAAUUUCGCGCUCUUCCCAUAAAAACCACAACUACUGAUAAUGCCGAGUUGAAACUUGAAAAUGACGAAAAACCAGUAAAUGAAGAUCAAAUAAAUAGUGAAAGAAACUAUUUAGAUGAAUUUACAACGUUAAAGGAAAUUAAUGUCAAGCAUCGGAAACAUAAACCUAAGCCAAAAUGGCAUAAAUGGCCUGUUUCAGAGGAGAAUCUUUGGGACUUUAUGCUGCCUAUAUUAAAGGAAUUCGAUUCCAUAUUAUUGGGUUACAAAGGUCUAUGUUUCAAGCGCGUUAUGGAAUGUCCAAAGUGUAAUGAGUUAACUUUGGCAGGUGAAUGGAUGGCUCCAAAUGAAGCUCAAGCAGUAAAAUAUCGUAAAUGUCCCGCAUGUGCUCACAGGAUACCCAGUUGUUUUGUUGCACCACCAGAAAUCGGAUUCGAAUAUAAACGUAAAACAAAAUCCAAAAGAAAAUCUAGAAAACGUAACAAAUCACAUAAAUUAAUUUGAGUAUCCUCAGGAAAGUUGACAAGAUGAUCUGUGGACAUGUGUUUGGUUUUGUACAGUAAAAAAAUUACCGUAAAUAUUAUUUACUGAAAUAAAAUUUAGUAGUAUUGUUGUUUUUUUAAA